GCCCCAGUGCCACACUCGACGCCCGUUCCUCCUCAGGUGCACACAUUGUCCAAGAGAGCAGUCAUGAAGGCCGUUUGUAUCGUGGCUUUGGUCGCCGCGCUGUGCGUCGCUCCCUUCCGAGCUGAACGGCCUCCGCCCGGAGUGCUGCGUCCUCUGCCCCGCCCCGGCUAUGAGGGCGUGCGCACUCUGCCGGCUCUCCUGCCUGACGAUCUGAGGCAGACCAGACCUUCUGUUCGACCUGACGUCCCUUCCUUCCAGCGACCUCAGAUCCAGCCCCAACACCCGUCCUUUCAGACAAAGCCUCUCCCCCGUCCGGUGGGAGUCCAAACACUGCCAGCAGUUCUGUCAGAGGAUCUCAAGCAGACAAGACCCUUUGCUCGUCCAGCAGGAGUAAACACACUUCCUGCUGACCUUCCUGAGGAACUUCAAGGCUCAAGGAAGCAGACAAGACCUUUGUCCGCCCCGACGUCCCUUCCUUCCAGCGACCUCAUAUCCAGCCCCGACACCCGUCCUUUCAGACAAAGCCUCUUCCCCCGUCCGGUGGGAGUCCAAACACUGCCAGCAGUAUUGCCAGAGGAUCUCAAGCAGACAAGACCCUUUGCUCGUCCAGCAGGAGUAAACACACUUCCUGCUGACCUUCCUGAGGAUCUUCAACAGACAAGACCCUUUGUCCGCCCCGACGUCCCUUCCUUCCAGCGACCUCAGAUCCAGCCCCGACACCCGUCCUUUCAGACAAAGCCUCUCCCCCGUCCGGUGGGAGUCCAAACACUGCCAGCAGUAUUGCCAGAAGAUCUCAAGCAGACAAGACCCUUUACUCGUCCAGCAGGAGUAAACACACUUCCUGAGGAUCUUCAACAGACAAGACCCUUUGUCCGCCCCGACGUCCCUUCCUUCCAGCGACCUCAGAUCCAGCCCCGACACCCAAUCUUUUCAAGCAAAACGAAGCCUCUGCCUCGUCCGCUAGAACUACCGGGGGAUCUCAAGCAAACAAUGCCAUUUGCUCGUCCUGCAGUCCCAUCCAUCCAGCGUCCUCAGGUGCAGCCAAUGCACCCAUGGUAUCUCCAUGUGCCUCAGGGCGAAGCCGAGAUCUGCCAGAGCUGCGAGCGCCUGCCCUUCGUUCGCCGAGGAGCCUGUUGCAAGCGGUGGAACCUCUGCUGUUGAGGGACUUCGUGGCUGCAGAUCGACAGAUGAUAUCCUGUGACUUUUAUUAUUGUCAAUAUUGAUGAUUGUUUGGCUUUUACAUCUUUUGGUUUAGUGGAUAAUGGAAUUGCCACGGUUACAAGUUUUCCUGCACUACCCAUAAAUUAAGUAACAUAAACAGAACGGGAUUUGUGAAUAUUUUAGAACCUUUGCAACAACACACACACACACACACACACACACACACACACACACACACACACACACACACACACACACACACCACACACACACACACACACACACACACACACACACACACACACACACACACACACACACACACACACAACACACACACACACACACACAACACACAUAUAUGCGCAUGAAAAGCCAAGCAUUUAUAUACAUGCUACAUGCUACUAUUCCGAUAUUAUACAAUAAAUAAAUAGAAUAUAAAAAAUCUUA